AUGGAAAGUGUGAAUUUUGCAGGAGAUAAUCCUCAGCCUCGCUUUGGUCACACCAUUUGUGCCAUAGCUCCUAAUAAGAUAGCAUUAUUUGGAGGCGCUGUUGGUGAUACUGGAAGGUAUGUAAUAACAGGAGAUGUGUAUAUUGGAGAUAUAAUUUAAAAAAAAUGGAAGCGAGUUGAAGCUAGUGGAAAUGUACCAACUAAUAGAGCAGCUCAUUAAGCAUCAGCUAUUGAAUUAAAUCAAAUGAUUAUAUUCGGAGGAGCAGUAGGAGGUGGUGGUUUAGCAGAUGAUAACUUAUAUGUAUUUGAAUUAAGAGAAGACACUGGAACUUGGGUUACAGUUCCUGUGAUUGGAACGACACCAGGAAGAAGAUAUGGUCAUACUAUGGUGCUUAUUAAGCCAUAUUUGAUAGUGUUUGGUGGAAACACAGGACAAGAACCUGUUAAUGAUGUUUGGAGUUUUAAUUUAGAGAAAUCACCUUAUUCAUGGCAAAAAUUAGAGUGCUCAUCUGAAUAACCUGUUGUAAGAGUUUAUCAUUCUGCUGGAUUGUGUUCAACAGGUUCUGCCAAUGGGAUGAUGGUCGCAUUUGGAGGUCGCACAAGUGAUCAAAGUGCUUUAAAUGAUACUUGGGGCUUAAGAAGACAUCGUGAUGGAAGGUGGGAUUGGGUGAGAGCUCCUUAUAGAUCAUAAACAGAUUAGCCGGCUUAACGAUAUUAACACUCAACUUUAUUUUUAGGAACAUUAAUGUUAGUGAUUGGAGGCAGGUCUAAUAAUGUGGGAGAGACUUUGCCUUUUGAAAUCUAUGAUACUGAAACAUCUGAUUGGUAUAAAUUUUAACCAAUUCAGAGAUUCAGACACUCUUCAUGGUUGGUGGAACAAUUUUUAUAUCUUCAUGGAGGGUUUGAUUCCGAUCAACCAAACAUUCCAACUGAGGGCAUUCUAAGAAUUGAUUUAAAUAAGAGAUUCGCUUAAACUCCUCAAUUACUAAAACAAAUGAACACCAUAAAAUCUGAUUAAUCAUUCACUUAAUCUUUUAAUCCUAAACCUUCUCAUCCUUUGGCUUAAACCUAAGAUUAAUUUAAAAAAACAAAUUAAUAAGCUUCAACUCAAUAAAAAAAUUAAAAUCCUUAUCAACAAGUGAGAGUUUCAAGUGCGGCUAAUAAAAACAUUAGAUUGGCUAAUUAAGCUUUGGUAGCUAUGACUUAUGGUCCAGAAGAAGAUAUAACUAAUCAAGUCAAGAAAGUACCAAUAGAUAAAUUAUAAGACGAACAUAAAAAAUUAGGACCAGGAUUUCAUGAUCCAAAUUCUUAAAAUAAAUCAUAAAUUUUAGAUUAGUUAUAUUAACCAUUUAUGUAGAAUCUAUUAAUACCCAAAGAUUAUUCAUAGAUCCCUCCAAACUCUAAUUUAUUAACAGGUAUUAAAAAGGAAAUGAUAAUUAAAUUAUGUGAUGAAGUUUAAAGAAUUCUAGAAAAAGAGCCUAACUUAUUGAGGUUGAGAAGACCAAUCAAAAUUUAUGGGAAUUUGAAUGGUUAAUAUCUUGAUCUAAUGAGAUUUUUUGAUCACUUCAAAGCUCCAUAUGAUAAUCUAUACAAUGGAGACAUCGAUUCUUAAGACUACUUAUUUUUGGGGGAUUAUGUAGACAGAGGUUCAAGAUCUCUGGAAAUCAUUUUACUUUUGUUUACAUUAAAAAUUAAAUAUUCUGAUCAAAUUCAUUUACUUCGAGGACAUCACGAGGAUCCUAAAAUAAAUAAAAUUUUUGGUUUUGCUGAUGAAUGUUUUAUAAAAUUUGGUGAAGAUAUCACGGAUCCAAAUAGCAUUUACUAAAGAAUAAAUAGAGUGUUUUAAUAUCUACCAUUAGCUGCAGUUAUCGAAGAAAAAAUCUUUUGUGUGCAUGGUGGUAUUGGCUAAACUAUGAGAACUAUCGAUGAGAUUGAAUUGAUAUAAAAGCCGUUGGAAAUAGUUCAUGAUCCUAAGACUUAUUAAUAAAAAAUAGCAUUGGAACUUCUCUGGUCUGAUCCAUGUUUAUAAGAAGAUGAAUUAGAGAAUACACCCAAUCCAGAAAGGGAUAUAUUUUAAAAUAAAUAGAUUUCCAGAUUUGGAACAAAUAGAAUUAAUAAAUUUCUAUAAGAGAAUUCUCUAAAUAUGAUCAUACGAUCACAUGAACCAACUAUGGAAGGAUUUGAAAGUUAGAAUAAUAAUGUAAUCACCAUAUUCUCAUGUCCCAAUUAUGGAGGCAAUCAACCUUAAUGUAAAGGAUCAAUUUUGACGAUUUCGAAAAGAGGUGAAAUUAUACCUAAAGUAAUAUUACCUGCUGCUCCGGUUUAAGAAUAAAGAUGGAUGGAUUUGGAGGAACCAAUCUCAAGAAAGAAAGGAUUUGCCAAUUACCUAGUUAUAUCUCAUGAAGAAGCUUAAUUGAGAAAACGACCACCAACUCCACCUAGAUAGAAAAGACCUUCGUCAUAAAAAUAAUUCAAAUGA